GGUAUUCAAGUAGCACUUGAGGUCGGACCCGUCGAAAUAAAGCCUUUAAUACCAGGCCUAAAGCCCAUUCGAAAAUAGCCCAUUCUUACAUUGGCCCAUAGCAAUCCAGAUUCCCCUGCUCUGGUGCCUUUCGGCAUUCUGGAGGAUCUUGUUGGAGCUUUCGUGCUACCCCCGACCUCGAUAAGUCGAUAUCUCAGCGCCAAGGGUUUCUUCAGAAGCGCCUACCUUCCUAAAGUCUCGCUCCCGGGAUCGUCGCGUUCUUGUGAACUUUGAUUAAAUUGUCCUUUGUGAUACACAUAAGGACAUAGAAGAUGUCAAGUAAGAAGGAAGAGAAAGCUCAGGCUGCGGCUGACCGAAUCAAGGCUGCAGCCUUGAGCGCUGCUAAAGGUCUCAGUCGUGCCCAGGCUGAGCGUGCAGCUGCUGCAGCAGCGAGAAAUGUGAACGCUUAUGGUCAAAAGGAAGAAGGACCUAGCAGAUGGCAGGAGAAAAGGGAAGCAAAGAGGCAAAUGUAUCUGAUGAGUACAGAGAAAGCCGUUAAAUUGGGUGAAAGAAAAGACAUUAAAUCUACCAUGUCAACUGUUAGUGGCUCAGCCCAAUGCCAAAAGUGUUUCCAAAGUGGUCAUUGGACAUAUGAAUGCAAGAAUGAACGGGUUUACAUAUCACGGCCGUCUCGUACACAACAACUUAAAAAUCCAAAAUUGAGGGUAAAUGUUUCUGUGACCUAUGAUUUGGAUGAUAAGCCUGCCACUAAGGAGGAAAAGGCUGGCAAGAGUUCUACCUCUAAGAAAAGCAAAAGGAAGUAUCGGUCUGACUCCGAUUCUGAUAGUGGCAGUGAGGAUUCAGUUUUUGAGACUGAUAGCAAGUCAUCAUCAGUUACAGGGUCAGAUUAUACCUCAGAAAGUAGUUCGGGGUAUAGCUUGUCAUCUGAGUCAGAGGAAGAAAGGAGGCGAAGGAGGAAGAAGAAGCUACAGAAGAGGGAGAGGCGAAGAAGGCGCAGCACAUCAUCAGAAUCUUCAGAUUCAGAUUCAGUUUCAGACUCUGACUCAGACUCUGAUGAUAGAAAGGGCAGGAGAAAGCGCAGACAUAAUCGAAGGCGCUGAACAAGACAAUUGAAUAUGUAACGAAUACGCAUUGUGCCUGUUGUGGUUUAGGAAAACAGCAUUAACUUUGUUCGAUUUUGACUUUGUUUUAGUAUAUUAAAUCAUGUUAUCUUCAAAAUUUCAGGAGUUAUAUUUGAUCUUUCUCAUCAUCUUCUUUGUGGUAUGUGAUAUCCUUGGCGUUAAUCAGAAGAUGGGUUUGAUCUCUCUC